UCUACUCUAGUCCGCAAAUAACGUAAAUGGCAGAAGAGGGUGGGGGUGAUUAUUGAUGUCCAAUAAAUGUGAGGAAACUUACAACGCCAAGAGAAAAUGGGGUUAUUCGAUCGUUUAGCGAACCUUUUAGGUCUUAGGAAAAAAGAAGUAAACGUUUUAGUAGUGGGCCUUAACAAUAGUGGUAAGUCAACGGUCAUAAAUAAUUUCAAACGCGAGGAUGACCGUUGCAUAGACAUAGUGCCCACUGUCGGGUUUAAUGUCGAAAAAUUCGCAUUUAAAAAUGUCAGUUUCACCGCGUUCGAUAUGUCGGGCCAUGAUCGUCAUAGAUCAUUGUGGGAGCAUUAUUACAAAGAUUGUCACGGGAUCAUCUUCAUAAUUGACAGCAGCGAUAAACUGCGACUGGUUGUUGUGAAAGAAGAGCUGGACAUGCUCUUGCAGCAUCCCGAUGUUGCAGGACGCAAGAUACCCAUUCUCUUUCUGGCGAACAAGAUGGACCUGCCCGAUUCUUUGACCACCGUAAAAUUAGUCGCUGGACUUGGACUCGAACGAAUACAAAAUAAACCCUGGCACAUACGGGCAACGAAUGCAUUAACUGGCGAGGGCCUGCAGCCGGCGAUCGAGUGGUUGACGGAUCAAAUUCGCGAUAUAUACAUCAACAAGAGAUAAACUACGUUAUACGAUACGAGAUGCGAUUGAUUCGAUACUUCUCGGUGAAGAGUCUGUCGUAUCAUCAAAUCGACUUAAUCGAUGUCUAUAGCAUAUUAAUGACGUCAAUUAUACCAGUGUUUUCCACAUGGCGUUUCCCCGAGAUGCAAUCCAGCAUCACGAAAACCAAAUUAUGAUAUAAAAUUAUCGUUAUGAGAAAGAAUUGUUUCGAAACAAUCCUUUUGUUCUGAAUCUGCGUAAUUAGUAUGAAAAAGCAUACGAUCAGAUGAUUCAUAAUAUUAUUUAGUCAAAUUGUAAAGGUCUCAUGACAAUUGGAAAACAUCGAUCGUUACAAGCUCAGUGCAGUUUCGUCCAGAAAAAUGUAAAAAGGCGUAUGUUUGUACAUACAUACAAUAAUAUGUAUAUGUUAAGAGUGGCUU